AAACCUUCCCUCCCCUCCCGGCACAUCCUUCUCUCAUCCCGCCCACACAAUCCCAAAUCACACCUCCAAUACAUUGCUCCUCCUCCUCCUCCUCCAAUCCGGUUUCUGCUCCAGAAAGGUGGGGCGGGGGCCCCCCUCCCAACCUUUCUGCUUCUCCCGGAAGUGGAGCUUCGACUCCGGAUUGCUGCUCUGCCCCGUAGCUCGGGGGGGGGCGCUUUCGGAAAGGGGAGGGAGGAGGCAGGGGACCGCCCCCCCCCGUGGAUGUUGCAGGAAAGGAGAAUCGGGAGCGAGGAGAAAGAGUCAAAGGACCCAUUUUCAUGAUAGACAGUGCCUGGGGCUGGAGGCUCUACACAUAGGGUGUGCCUGUGGAGGCCAAAGACUGCCAGUAUUAGCACAGCCCAAACAGGAUUUCCUUUCUGCCCACUCUGAAAAAGGGGAUGGAGAAGACAGAAUUGCAGGGGACAAGGCACCUUUUGUUUCAUUAGGAAUAGCCAUUAAAAUGUGUGAAAUGUGGAAUAUGCUUCACUGAACGAGCACACAUAGUUCACAUCAACAAACACAAAAAGGAAAGAACCCACUUAAAGGUAUGGAGCGUGGAAACAGCUUCUGUUUCAAUGCAAAACUUAGAACACACCAGCUGACUCACACAGGGGAAAAACUAUAUUUAUGUAUGGAGUGUGGAAAGAGCUUUAAUGAUAGUGGAAGCCUUAGACAACAUCAGCGGACUCACACAGGGGAGAAACCAUUUCAAUGCAUAGAGUGUGGAAAGAGAUUCAGUCAGAGUGCACACCUUAGACAACAUCAACGGACUCACACAGGGGAGAAACCAUUUCAAUGUAUGGAGUGUGAAAUGAGUUUUAAUGAUAGUGGAAGCCUUAGACAACAUCAGCGGACUCACACAGGGGAGAAACCAUUUCAAUGCAUAGAGUGUGGAAAGAGAUUCAGUCAGAGUGGACACCUUAGACAACAUCAACCGACUCACACAGGGGAGAAACCAUUUCAGUGUAUGGAGUGUGAAAAGAGAUUUAGUGAUACUGGAAGCCUUAGAAGACAUCAAAAGACUCACACAGGGGAGAAACCAUUUCAAUGUAUGGAGUGUGAAAUGAGUUUUAAUGAUAGUGGAAGCCUUAGACAACAUCAACGGACUCAUACAGGUGAGAAACCAUUUCAAUGUAUGGAUUGUGGAAAGAGAUUCCAUCAGAGUGGACACCUUAGACAACAUCAACGGACUCACACAGGGGAGAAACCAUUUCAAUGCAUGGAGUGUGGAAAUAGCUUCAGUCAGAGUGGACACCUUAGACAACAUCAACGGACUCACACAGGUGAGAAACCGUUUCAGUGUACGGAGUGUGAAAAGAGUUUUAGUGGUAGUGGAAGCCUUAGAAGACAUCAACGGACUCACACAGGGGUGAAACCAUAUAAUUGUAUGGAAUGUGGAAAAAGCUUCAGUCAGAAUGCAGACCUUAAAAUACAUCAACGGACUCACACAGGGGAGAAACCAUAUAAAUGCAUGGAGUGUGGAAAGAGCUUCAGUCAGAGUCGAGACCGUAAAUAUCAUCAACGGAUUCACACAGGGGAGAAACCAUAUGAAUGUAUGGAGUGUGGAAAGAGCUUCAGUCAGAAUGCAGACCUUAAAUAUCAUCAACGGACUCACACAGGGGAGAAACCAUAUAAAUGUAUAGAGUGCGGAAUGAGCUUUAGUGAUAAUGGAAGCCUUAGAAGACAUCAACGGACUCACACAGGGGAGAAACCUUAUAAAUGUAUAGAGUGUGGAAAGAGCUUCAGUGAUAAUGGAAAACUUAGGACACAUCAACGGACUCACACAGGGAAGAAACCAUAUGAAUGUAUGGAGUGUGGAAAGAGCUUCAGUCAGAAUGCAGACCUUAAAUAUCAUCAACGGACUCACACAGGGGAGAAACCAUAUAAAUGUAUAGAGUGCGGAAUGAGCUUCAGUUAUAGUGGAAGCCUUAGAAGACAUCAACGGACUCACACAGGGGAGAAACCAUUUAAAUACAUGGAGUGUGGAAAGAGCUUCAGUCAGAGUGCACACCUUAGAAAUCAUCAACGGAUUCACACAGGGGAGAAACCAUAUGAAUGUAUGGAGGAGUGUGGAAAGAGAUUCAGUCAGAGUGGACACCUUAGACGACAUCAACGGACUCACACAGGGGAGAAACCAUAUAAAUGCAUGGAGUGUGGAAAGAGCUUCAGUCAGAGUCGAGACCUUAAAUAUCAUCAACAGAUUCACACAGGGGAGAAACCAUAUGCAUGUAUGGAGUGUGGAAAGAGCUUCAGUCAGAGUGGAGAGGUUAGAUCACAUCAACGGACUCACACAGGGGAGAAACCAUAUAAAUGUAUAGAGUGCGGAAUGAGCUUCAGUCAUAAUGGAAGCCUUAGAAGACAUCAACGGACUCACACAGGGGAGAAACCAUAUAAAUGUAUAGAGUGCGGAAUGAGCUUUAGUGAUAAUGGAAGCCUUAGAAGACAUCAACGGACUCACACAGGGGAGAAACCAUAUAAAUGUAUAGAGUGUGGAAAAAGCUUCAGUUAUAGUGGAAGCCUUAGAAGACAUCAACGGACUCACACAGGGGAGAAACCAUUUAAAUGCAUGGAGUGUGGAAAGAGCUUCAGUCAUAGUGGACACCUUAGAUAUCAUCAACGGACUCACACAGGGGAGAAACCAUUUAAAUGCAUGGAGUGUGGAAAGAGCUUCAGUCAGAGUCGAGACCUUAGAUAUCAUCAACGGACUCACACAGGGGAGAAACCAUUUAAAUGCAUGGAGUGUGGAAAGAGCUUCAGUCGGAGUGCACACCUUAGAAAUCAUCAACGGAUUCACACAGGGGAGAAACCAUAUGAAUGUAUGGAGUGUGGAAAGAGCUUCAGUCAGAGUGGAGCCCUUAGAUCACAUCAACGGACUCACACAGGGGAGAAACCAUAUGAAUGUAUGGAGUGUGGAAAGAGCUUCAGUCGGAGUGCACACCUGAGAAGACAUCAACAGAUUCACAUCGGUAAGAAACUAUUUAAAUGUAUCGAGUGUGGAAAGUGCUUCAGUCAGAGUGGAGCCCUUAGAACACAUCAACGGACUCACACAGGAGAGAAACCAUUUCAAUGUAUGGAUUGUGGAAAGAGCUUCAGUCAUAGUGGAAAUCUUAGAAAACAUCAGCAGACACACAGGGGAGAAAGUAUUUAAAGGUAUAGACUGUGGAAGGAGCUUCAGUCAGAGCGGAAGCCUUGAUUUUUGUCAACAAACUCACACAAAAGACAAACCAUAUAAAUAUCAAGAAAGUAGAUAGAGGUUCACUCUUAGUGGAAGUUCAGAAUCAACAGACUUAUGGACAGGAAAAACUUUAAGAGUUGAAAUCUUUCAAACCAUCAACAAACUCUGAGAGGAGAAGCAGUUUAAAUGAAAAGAUUGCAAAAAGUGCUUUAUUUAUAAUAGAGUGAUCAAGGAACAUCCCAGGACUCUCACAUGGGAGAACCCAUUUAGAUGUAUGGAGUGUGGGACGUCUUCCUCUCAGAGUCCACUCUGAGCAAUGAACUCAGCAGGAAAUCAUUCCUAAAAGCAUGAGGGAAAAGAGUCCCUUUCCAUUGGACGCCUGGCAGCCCAGUGCCAAAUCCGGCUGCUCCAUAGAGAACGGAAAGGAGCUGUAAACGCCCUUGCGCUCUUACGCGCACCAGUCACUUCCUUCCGGAUCCUGGUGCUGCCGGUGCAGCUGCAUUUAGGAGAAAAAGAGAAAUUGGAAACCAAGCCCAAGUCCCUUGCUAUCCAAAGUGGCCACUUGGACCAGCCUUGGGGCGUCUUCCUUGGGCAAAAGGAAAUGUUUCAGAUCUCAGGUUCCCCGACAGGGAAUGAGAGCUUUGAUUGGCGUUCUCCCCUUGCAGUUCAUUGCCUCUCUAAUUGCAGAACCCCAACUCUCCCGUUCUCCCCUCCCCCUCCUCGCUACCUCUUGCCAGGAAGGCUGGGAGUGAAGACCGUAAGCAAAAGAGACAGCAAAGGAUGAGAAUCUGGGUUACUGGGUGUUUCAGAGAAUCCCGCCCACAAUCUUCUCCAUUCCUAGACUCACGUCCGCAUGCGCUGCUCCUGGGCACCCCGGGGUCUUUUACUAGAUUAAUUUAUGGCCGGCCUGGGGCUGAAAAUAAACUACCAAAAAACUAAAUUACUGACAAAAAGCCUCACAAUGGAAGGGAAAAAAGAACUUCAAGAAAAAACAGGCCUGGAAAUUAAAAAUAAGGUUAACUACCUAGGGAUCUGGAUUUCAAAUAAAAGUAUAAAUAUAUGUGAGGAUGAUUCUAGUAAAGUAUGGAAAGAAUUUUUUAAAAAAAUAUAUGGAAACCUGGACCAAACUCCAUCUCUCACUCUGGGGAAGAGUCUCGGUUGUGAAAAUGAAUAUCCUCCCCAAAAUGAUUUUCUUAUUCCAAACAAUGCCCAUUUUAGGAGGAAUGAAUUGUUUUAAGGAGUGGAAAAGGGAAAUAUCUAGAUUUAUAUGGAGUGGAAAGAAACCGAGAAUUAAACACCAGUUAUUAACAGAUCAAAAGGAGAGAGGUGGUUUUGCAUUGCCAGAUUUGGAAUUCUACCAUGCGGCGGCAGGAUUGGUUUGGAUAAAAGACUGGAUUACACUAAAAGAUACGGACCUAUUAGACUUGGAAGGCCACGAGAAUCGGUCUGGAUGGCACGCUUCUUUAAUAUAUGGAAAAGUGAAGGUCCACAGGGGAUUUUUGAGCCAUGUGA